UUAGCCCUAUUCAGAUUCAGUUUCUCUUUGCCUUUGUUUCUCUUCCAAACUACAGAACCAAACUCGCUCACUGAAACUCGACAAAAUUAGGGUUUCUGCAGUGAUGGCACUCUGCAAUCGCGUCAGAUCGGGAAUCUCCCUCUUCAAAAAAUCCACCUCCCUCACUUCCCACCGUUCCAAUCUCCAACGAUCUCUCGUUGCCCCUUCCAUUUCCCUCGCCUCCAGAAAUUAUGCUAACGUGCCCGGAGAAAAGGACCAAAAAGUUAAGGUUCCUUUGGCCUUGUAUGGAGGUUCAGGAAACUAUGCCUCUGCUUUGUACAUUGCAUCUGUCAAAGCUAAUGCAAUCGAAAAGGUCGAGUCUGAGCUUCUGCAAUUUGUUGAGGCAGUACAGAAUAGUUCCAAAUUUUCACAGUUUAUAAAGGAUUUGUCUGUGGCUAAGGAUGUUAGAGUAAAAGUCAUCCAGGAGGUUUGUGGAGAAGCUAAGUUUUCGGAUGUGACAAAGAACUUCCUUGUUAUUGCUGCUGAGAAUGGAAGGCUUAAAAACAUAGACACCAUUGCAAAGAAGUUUAGGGCGUUGGCAAUGGCAUACAAGGGAGAAGUGAAAGCGACUGUAACCACCGUUGUUGCUCUUCCCCCUGAUGAGGAAAAGGCUUUGAAGGACACUCUUCAAGAAAUAAUGGGUUCUGGAGCAAAGGUUCAUCUUGAACAGAAGAUUGAUCCUAGCAUACUUGGUGGUAUUGUGCUGGAAUUUAACCAGAAGGUCUUUGACAUGUCUAUUAAGACCAGGGCACAACAGAUGGAGAGGAUCCUCCGAGAGCCCGUAUCCAUUGCCAACAUCUAAAUGACAACAUUCUGUGUGUUGUCAUGGUUUAACUUACAUUCUUGUUCAUUAUAAAUUGUGUGGAUACAGAUUUUUAUGCGAUGGAAUGUCAUCAUUUUGCAAAUAAAAGCUACCUCUUUCCAACUUCUUGUUAUACCUUGUCGCAAUCUCAGUGUAACAGAAUAUAUUUUUAUUUGGAAUUUUUAAGAGGUUUUUAUUA